UUCUGCUCUUACUUAUGGCUAAUAGCUUGAACUUACGCUUGUUGCUCAUCAAAAUGACUUUUUUAUUGAUAAUAUCACCACGUCCCAAUGAUUGUUGUAGUUUACGUAACUCAACUUUUUUUUGACGAAACUGGUGAUUUAGCGGCUUUUUAAAUUAGCCGCUAAGAAGGCACCAUGAAUCACGAUUUUUUUUUCAGUGCUGGGCAUCUGAGGCAGAGGGAAGGAGACGGUUGGAAAAAACGCAGUACUUCUGGAUGAAUCUUCCUAACGUUCUCAGCUUCGUUCCACCAGUGCUCAUUCUCUUUGACUUAGGCUUUCAUCAUACAAUAACAGCAAUGAGUUACGUAUUGAACAUUGCUGGUAAGGCACCAGCAGUUGAUUAUGCGCUUUUGACUGCAGCUGCAUUUAUCAACACCUCUUCUGAUGGUGACAUAAAACUCAACUUUGUGGACGGCAAAACUGUUUCAAAAGAUGUUGCUACAUCUGCCCAGCUUUUGAAGGGCGACGAAACAGUUUCUACUGACUCUAUCGAAAUUUUGAAUUAUUUUGGAACCGAAUUUCCAACUGUCAUUUUAGCAAAGAAAGAGUCUGAAGAAUGGAUCAAGUUCUCUCAUGAAAAGUUACUUGUCAAGGAUUUCAAGAAGUUAUCUGUUGAUUUGGAAAAACUUGAAUCUCACUUGAACCUUAGAUCGUUCAUUAUUGGAUACAAGAUCACUGCUGCUGAUAUUGCAAUCUGGGGUGCUUUAAGAGCCAACCCAGUCAUGGGUUCGGUUCUUAAAAACUCAGUUUACAUCAACGUCACAAGAUGGUACCAGUUCUUAGAAUCCGACAAGAGAUUCGGCGAAAUGCCAACAUUACUUUCUACUUCUCUCGCUGAAAUGAAGAAAUUGUCAAAGAACGGUAAGAAAGAGAUUCACAAGGCCAACUUUGAAAUUGAUCUUAUCGACGCUAAAGACGGUGAGGUUGUCACUAGAUUCCCACCUGAGCCAUCUGGAUACUUGCACAUUGGACAUGCUAAGGCUGCUGUUUUGAACCAAUACUUUGCCAACGCAUACCACGGUAAGUUAAUCAUCAGAUUCGAUGACACUAACCCUUCAAAGGAAAAGACCGAGUUUCAAGACUCCAUCAUCGAAGAUUUGAGAUUGUUGGGUAUCAAGGGUGACAGAAUCACCUACUCUUCUGACUACUUCCAAGAAAUGUAUGACCUAGCUAUCAAGAUGAUCAAGGAAGGUAAGGCCUACUGUGACGAUACUCCAUUGGAAAAGAUGAGAGCAGAAAGAAUGGACGGUCUAAAAUCCGAAAGAAGAGACAGAACAGUCGAAGAAAACUUGAAGAUUUUCACUGAAGACAUGAAAAACGGUACUGAAGAAGGCCUGAAGAACUGUUUGAGAGCCAAAAUUGACUACACUGCAUUGAACAAGACCUUGAGAGACCCUGUCAUUUACAGAUGUAACUUGACUCCCCACCAUAGAACUGGUAGUGCUUGGAAAAUCUACCCAACCUAUGACUUCUGUGUUCCAAUUGUCGAUGCCUUGGAAGGCGUCACCCAUGCUUUGAGAACCAUUGAAUACAGAGACAGAAAUGCACAGUACGAAUGGAUGUUGAAUGCAUUAGGCCUGAGAAAGGUUCACAUUUGGGAUUUCGCCAGAGUUAACUUUGUCAGAACCUUGUUAUCAAAGAGAAAGUUACAAUGGUUUGUUGACAAGGGAUACGUUUCCAACUGGGAUGACCCAAGAUUCCCUACCGUUAGAGGUAUCAGAAGAAGAGGUAUGACAGUUGAAGGUUUGAAGAAUUUCAUUAUUUCUCAAGGGCCUUCAAAGAAUAUCAUCAACUUGGACUGGAGUAUCAUUUGGGCUGCCAACAAGAAGAUCAUUGAUCCAAUUGCUCCUAGACAUACUGCUUUAGAAUCAAAGGACUUGGUUACUGUCAACAUUGUUGAUGGUCCUGAGUUACAUGCUGAAAAGAAACCAAAGCACAAGAAAAACCCUGCUGUUGGUGAAAAAAAUGUCUACUACUCUUCCAAGGCUCUGAUUGAACAAAUUGAUGCUGCUGCGAUUAAGGAUGGUGAAGAAGUCACCUUCAUGGAUUGGGGUAAUGUUAUCUGUACCAAGGUUCACAAGGACGCUGAAGGGAAGGUCACCUCCAUCGAUGCUAAGUUGAACUUGGAUGGUGACUUCAGGAAGACCGAGAAGAAAUUGACUUGGUUGGCUUCUGAAAAGAACGUCCCAGUUGACUUAGUCGAUUUCGACCACUUGAUCACCAAAGACAAGUUGGACGAAGGUGACAAUUUUGAAAAUUUUCUCACUCCAGAUACUAAAUUCACUACCAAAGCUAUUGCUGACGUUAAUGUUGAGUCGAUGAAGGUUGGUGAUAUCAUCCAAUUCGAAAGAAAAGGCUACUACAUCUUAGACUCCAACAAGGACGGGAAGUACAUUUUCUUCACUGUUCCUGACGGUAAGCAAAAGAAAUAAAUGUUGGUUGAGGCAAAUCUUGGUUUUUUUCCCAAUGUGUAAUUUCUUUCUAUAAUGAUAUAUUUAUAAUAAUCAAAUCUAUAAAUUAUACACCUGUGAAUUUCGUGAUGAUUAAGUACCGAACAAAUAUCUCCACCAUAGAGACAAUGACACUUAUACCUAUUGCAACAAUCAACAUCUUGGUGAUUUUGGUCAUUUUACGUUCAGCCAAAGAAUCAGAUAAGAUGUCGAAAAAAUCAAGGAACACCUUACAUCGAUCAUUUAUGACCUCCACCCUUUGUUCGAUUUC